AUGUCGCUGGAGCAACUUACCCCCCGCCAAAGGGAGGUGUUCGACUUUAUCCGCGGCCUGAUUCAAAAUCGCGGUUACGGCCCGACAGUUCGUGAGAUCGGCGAGAACUUUUCAAUCAAUUCGCCCAACGGUGUCAUGUGUCACCUGAAAGCGCUCGAAAAGAAGGGGCUGAUCACCCGCGAACCAAAUAUGUCUCGAGCGAUUCAGCUCACCGACGCGAGCCGCGAAGAAGAGGGGAUCCCGCUCGUCGGCCAGGUCGCCGCGGGCAGUCUGACCGAGGCGAUUGAGCAGGCAGAACGGUUUAGCUUCGAAGAGUGGUUCCCCGCCAAGAAAAAUCAGUUCGCGCUCCGGGUGCGCGGCGACUCGAUGAUCGAAGCCCAAAUCGCCGAUGGUGAUGUGGUAAUCGUCCGCCGCACCAAGACGGCCCACAAAGGCGACAUCGUGGUGGCGAUCACCGACGACGGCGAGUCAACACUCAAGUACUGGUUCCCAGAAUCGAACCGUAUUCGACUGCAGCCCGCCAACUCGAGCAUGGAGCCAAUCUACAGCCGCACCGCCCAGGUGUUAGGUUGGCUAGACCUGGGUACGCCCGCUUCGGCAAGCGUCGUCGGUAGUCGGCCGCCGGUAGGGAGGCUACGAUUUAAGCCUUACCUGGUAGUUGCGGACCCCGUGAGGCGCCCCUUGGUUAUCGCUCUCUUGAUUGUUUUUGGACUGGUCGGCCUCGUGGCAGGCGGCGAGCUCCUGGUUCGGGGAGCGUCUUCGCUGGCCGCCGCCGCCAGCGUUUCCCCGCUGGUGAUUGGGCUCACGGUGGUGGCCUUCGGGACCAGCGCGCCGGAACUCGCGGUCUCGGUUCAGGCGUGCCUGACCGGCAGCACCGACCUGGCGAUUGGCAACGUUGUCGGCAGCAACCUGUCGAAUGUGUUGCUAAUUCUGGGCUUCUCCGCAAUCUUCUUUCCGCUGGCCGUGCAGGCGCGGCUCUUCAAGCUCGACUUCCCCGUCAUGCUGGCUGCCGCGGUCGCCCUGCUGUUUCUCGGUUGGGAUGGCUCGUUGACCCGUAUCGACGGCCUGCUGAUGACGCUGGCCAUGUUCGGGUACUUCUAUUGGACGAUUACGCAGGGGCGGAAAGAGAGCCGGCAGCUUGCCGCCGAGUUCGAGGAUGUCGUGCCCGAAGGCGACCCCACCACGUGGAAGUCGAUCGUUGUUAGCACGCUGCAGGUGGCGUUCGGUCUCGGCCUGCUGGUGGGAGGCUCAAAUCUGCUGGUAGAUGGGUGCGUUCAGCUAGCGGAAAUGUUUGGCGUAAGCGAACUGGUGAUCGGCCUCACGGUCGUGGCAAUAGGCACGUCCAUGCCGGAGCUGGUCACGUCGUUGGUGGCGGCCAUGCGGGGCCACCGCGACCUUGCCGUUGGCAACGUGGUGGGCAGCAACAUCUUGAACGUGCUGGCGGUGCUGGGCGUGUCGGCGCUGGUCGCCCCCGACGGCGUGGCGGUCAGCAGCCGCGCCCUGAUGUUCGAUAUCCCGGUGAUGAUUGCUGUCUCGAUCGCGUGCCUGCCGGUCUUCAUGAGCGGCCACUCGAUCUCCCGGCCAGAGGGCCUGGCGAUGUUCCUGAUCUUUGUCGGGUACACGGCGUACAUCGUCUGGGCCGCGGUAAACGGGGUGGUGCCGGGGCCGUUGGAGGCCGCCUGCAUCAGCGUACCGCUGCUAGCAGCGGCGUUCGCAACUGGGCUGUUGGGGCGCCGCGCGGCAGAUAGCCAGGCCAACUGUGUCGUCGACCAGAAGGCGGCGCUCGCCGGAAGCCAGGCGGGACGCUACCGCAUUGGCAUCAACCCGGCGUCUCGGAUGUACGAUCCCAAUGAUCCGGACCGGCCACCGAUGCCGCCGGACGACCCGGCCUCGAAUACAAUCCUUCAGGUCGUUGACGGCAAGCGAGGCGCCUGGCAAUGGCGAGACGCCGACGAGACCCCCUUUGUCGAAAACCCGAACUGGACCGAGUACCUGCCGCUGGACGCCGAGGGGCGUCUGGUGUUGGAUCUGCCCGCCGCGGUGCAGACCGCGCUCUUGCAGGCGCCCGACUACCAGGAAGAAGUAGAAGACCUCUACCUGUCCGCGCUGGACGUAACGUUCGAGCGGUUCCGCUUUGACACCCAGUUCUUCGGCGGAUCGACGCUUUUCUACACAGCGGACGGCCACGUGCGCUCCGGGACCGGGCAGGCGGGCAGCACAUUGAAUGUCGCACCGUUGAACGGCUCCACGCGGCUGCAGAAGCUGGGCGCAACGGGCAGUGAACUGGUGGUGGGCCUCGCGAACUCGCUCGUCUGGCAGUUCUCCGGCCCAGACAACUACGCCAGCACGACGCUGCUUGACUUCACUCUUGUGCAGCCGCUGCUCCGAGGCGCCGGACGGGCGGUGGUGCUCGAACGGCUCACGAUCGCCGAGCGCGCCCUGCUGUCCAACGUGCGGAGCAUGGAGCGCUACCGCUCCGGCUACUACCUGGAGGUCGCCAUCGGACGCGACGCGGGCGACGGGGCCAGCCGCCGCGGCGGGUUCUUCGGCGGCGCUGGCCUGGAGGGCUUUACGGGCGUUGGGGGCGGCGGUUUUGGCCGCGUCGGCGGCAACUUUGGCGUCGGCGGCGGCGGGGGCGGCGGCGGGUUUACGGGCGGAGCCGGCGCGGCGGCCGCCGGAGGCUACGUCGGUCUGCUGCAAAGCGAGCAGGUGCUCCGCAACCAGCGGGCGAACGUCGCGGCGCUGCGAGAGAGCGUCGAGCAGCUCGUCGCGUCGUACGACGCCGGGCGCAUCGACCGGUUUCAGGUCGACCUGGCCCGCCAGGCGCUCUACAACGCGCAGAGCCAACUCCUCAGCAGCGAGGCCAGCCAGCAGGGAUCGCUGGACAACUUCAAAAUCACCCUUGGGCUCCCGCCCGACCUGCCGCUGCUGCUGACCGACGAUAUGCUGAGCAAGUUUAAUCUCCGCGACGAGUCUCUUGUCACGCUGCAGGCGGAGGCCACGCUCGCCGCCGCCGAACCAGCGUUGGAGGAGGUGCCCAAGCCGGACGAGCACCUGCUUGCUGAGAGCGAGUUCCAGCGUAUUGCGGAGCAGGCCGUUGCGCAGCUAGCGGUAGUGCGUGAGGACGUCGCGCGGCUGGAGCUGGCGCUGCCGAGCCGCCGGGAUCACUUGGAGCAGCUCGCCAUUUGGGACGAGGUGGCCGCCGCGGGGAUCGACCCGGGGAUUUUCUCCGCCAACCGGCUCGAUGAACGUUUUGCUCAACUUCAAGCCGACUUGGAUAAUAUCGCCGAACGGGUCGAACGCCUCUCCGGGCGGGUCGCCGCGUCGGCCGACGCGGCGGACAAGACCGCGGGCGAGGACGUCCAGGCGCUCCGCGAAGCGACCUCGCAGCUUUCUUCGGCGCUGCUUGAGCUGUCGCUGCUCCAGGCACGGGCACGAUUGGACGCGGUUGACACGCCGCCCACCGAAUUGACCCCCGAGGAGGCGCUGGCGAUCGCCAGCUACCAUCGCCGGGACUGGAUGAACGCGCGGGCGGCGCUGGUGGACACCUGGCGGCUGGUCACCUUUAACGCCAACGACCUCCGCAGCGACCUCGACAUCGUCUUCAGCGGCGACCUUGGCAAUGUGGGCGACAACCCACUGGCGUUGCGGGGAUCCAAUGGGCGACUGAGGGUGGGCGUGCAGUUCGACGCGCCCCUGACGCGGCUCAGCGAACGCAACGUCUACGUGCAGUCGCUGAUCGAGUACCAGCAGGGCCGACGGGCCUAUUACCGCUAUGUGGACCGCCUGUACCAGGGGCUGAGGGCGACCCUCCGCCAGGUGCGGCUCAACGAGAUCAACCUAGAGCUCCGCCGCGAGGCGGUGCUGGUCGCAAUCGCCCAGGUCGAUAUCACCCAGCUGAGGCUGUUUGAACCGCCCAAGCCGGGCGAAGAAGCGUCGCUCAGCAACACCACCGCACGCGACCUGGUGCAGGCGCUGUCGGACCUAUUGAACGUGCAGAACGACUUCCUCAGCGUGUGGGUGAACAACGAGGUCCAGCGGCUUAACCUGGAAUGGGACCUGGGAGUGAUGCGGGUGGACGAACGCGGCAUCCGCAUCCCCAUCGAGACGCCCUUCCGUGACUUCCUGUACGCCCUGCCCUGCUCGCCCGAGUCGCGUCCCUGGGUAGUCAACCCCGAGGAAAUCGAGGGAGACGACGAGUUGUCGGCGCCUGCCGUGUUUGAGUACCCGGCAGAGCUCAGCGAUGUAAAUCGCCGGCGGAGCCAGGGGGGAUUCUCCGCCCAGCUCUUGCUGGUAGCGCUCGCCAUCCUCGGCGGUGGCGCCCUUGCGGUCUACACGUACGCACCGUCGUUUCGCCAGCAAUCGCUGCACGAAGAGAUUGUUUUCUACGACAUCGAGCGGAAAGACUUCGAUCUUGCUAUCACCGAGCGUGGCGAGAUCGAGUCGGUUGGCGAUGCGGAGAUCCGGUCGGAGGUGAAGACGCAGAACACCCCAGGGCUCGCGAUUCUCAAGCUUGUUGCCGAGGGAACCCAGGUCGAGGGGGGCGAUUUCUUGGUCGAGCUCGAUUCCUCGGCCCUCCGCGAGGAACGCACCACCCAGCAGAUCGCGGUCAACACGGCCGAGGCGCUAGUGGUCGAGGCCCGCAACAUCUACGAGACCGCCGUGAUCGCCGAGCAGGAGUACCUGGAAGGCGUGUACGUGCAGGAGCGUCAGACGAUAGAGAGCGAGGUCUUUGUUGCCGAAGAAAACCUGACCCGCGCCCAAGAGUACCUGCAAUACAGCAAGAAGCUGGCCGCCAAGGGCUACGUCAACGACCUGCAACUCGAGGCCGACGCCUUCGCCGUGGAAAAGGCCCGCAAGGACCUCGAGGCCGCCAAGACCAAGCUGCGAGUGCUGGACGACUUCACCAAGGCCAAGAUGCUUAAGCAGUUGGAGAGCGAUAUCCUGAUCUCCAAGGCAAAGUGGGAAGCAGAGAAAAACAGCUUUCAGCUAGAGUCCGACAAGCUGGCCGACAUCCACGACCAGGUGGAGAAGUGCGUGAUCACGGCGCCGCGCGCCGGGGUGGUCAAGUAUGCCCACGUCAGCGACCGCCGUGGCGACAACGACUUCAUUGUUGAGGAGGGCGCCGAGAUCCGCGAGCGGCAGACCAUCAUUCGCCUGCCCGACACUUCGCAGAUGCGGGUGGAGCUGACCAUCAACGAGUCGCUUGUUCAGCAUGUCAAGAUUGGCAUGCCAGCCAAGGUCAAGCCAAUCGGCAUGAACGACAUGGUCGUGCCUGGACGCGUGGCGCGGAUCAAUCAGUACGCCGAGCCGUCCGGUUGGCGCAAGGCCAACGUCAAGGAGUACAAGGCCUACGUCGAGCUGCUUUCCUCCGUGGAUGAGCUGCGUCCUGGCAUGACGGCCAGCGUGACGAUCAACUCCAUCAGCAGUCCGGACGUGCUGCAGGCGCCGGUGCAGGCGGUCUACUCGCACGGCGAUGAGUUUUACUGCUUCGUCCCCAGCGGCGAUGGGCUGGAGGCCAAACGCGUGCAGUGCGGCCCCACCAAUGAUCGGUUCUUCGUCAUCGAGAGCGGGCUCGAGGAGGGUGACCGCGUCGCGAUGAACCCCCGCGACCUGCUGGCCCACGUGCAGCUCCCCGAAUUGGCGAAGAAGCCGCAGCGGGGUGGCCCCGCCAAACCGGAGCCUGAGGGCCCCGCUAGCGGGCAGGGCGAAGUGGCGUCGACCGACGCGCCGUCAACCGCGAACGGCGGCUGA